GUCUUGCCCCUUCUUCAGUUUUUCACUUUUUCAGUUUUUCAUCUUGGUUUGCUACUGCCAUUCGCGAUCUCCUCCACUCUCCAGUCUAAUCCUCCUCUUCGUGUCCUCCAUUCGCAAUCUCAGAAGUCAGAUCUCCUUCAAGCUUUUAGCUAAGCUUCAGCGAUUCAGCCUCACGUCUUCACUCUUCAGUCUUCAAGUCUUCGGUCUGCAGUCUGCUUUACUCUGCUUUAGCACUUCAUUCUUCAACUUCCAGUCUUCCAGUCUUCAACGUGAACUCUUCAAUCAUUACCAUCGCCAUUGCUGAUCUGCUGGAUUAGUCAUUUCAGCUCAGAUUUCAGCUUCAGCCUUCACAUCUGCUGCCGUCUACCGCCAUCUACUAGCUGCCAUUUGCCGUGACCACGGAAGAGAAUGUCAUCAUCUUCAUCUGCACAUAACUCAUCAGCCGCGUCCAUUUCCUCGCAAUCUAUUUCGAGGAAAUACCGAUAUAGCAUGGGGACAUGUUCUUGAGAGUGUUGAUAAAGAUGAAAAGAAAAUAUUAUCUUGUCUUCAUUGUGGCAAGGUUACUAGAGGUGGUGGUAUUUUCAGAAUGAAGCAACACGUAGCAGGAGUAAAAGGGGAUAUUAGAAAGUGUCCGAAGGUUCCAUUUGAUGUUAGAUUCAAUAUGAAUGAAUCAUCAAAAGAAAUAGGAGUAAAAAAUAAGGAAAAAUAAGAUUUUUAGAAGCAUGCAACUCCUUUUGGUGCUGCAGUACAUGAAUUUAAGGGUGAUUAGUUAGAUGAAGAAAAUGAAGAGGUUUUCCCAUCACAAAUGAGCAUGAAUGAAGAUGGUAGUAGUGACGGUAAAAAAUAAUUUACGAGCAGUAAGAGAAAGAAAACUACGAGGGUUAGUAAUUAUUUUGCUCCACGAACUACUUCAGGGUCUCAGCCUUCAAUUAGGAGUGUUUUGGCUGGAAAAGAUGCAAAGUGUAGAGCAGACAUGUCUGUUGCACUAUUCUUUUAUGAUGCUUGCAUCACGAUGAAUGCUUUAAAUUCAAUUUAUUUUCAGCCUAUGUUGGAUGCUGUAGCUGCAAUUUGCCCUGGGUAUAAACAACCUACUUAUGAUGCUAUGCGUGUGAAUUUGUUGAGAGAUGCUAAGAAGGAAGUCCAAUUAAUUGUUAACAAUUAUAAGAAGAUUUGGCAAGAGGUUGGAUGUACAUUAAUGGCUGAUGGUUGGACUGAUACUUGCCAUAGAUCAUUGAUUAAUUUUCUUGUAUACUGUCCUACAGGUGUUUGCUUUAUAAAAUCAGUGGAUGCUUCAGAUGUUGUAAAGGAUGCCUUUACAUUAUUCAAGUUGUUUGAGGAAAUGGCUUUAUGGGUUGGACCAAACAAUAUUGUCCAUGUUGUCACGGAUAAUGGAGCAAAUUAUAAAGCUGCUAGAAGAAUGUUAUCUGAGAAGUAUGAGAAUAUUACUUGGUCACCCUAUGCAGCCCAUUGCUUAAAUUUAAUUUUGAAAGAUAUAUCUGAGUUGGACCACAUAGUGCAUCUUGCAAAACGUGCUUCUGAAGUAACAAAGUUUGUGUAUAAUCACACAAUUUUGAUAGCUUGGUUGAGGAAAAGAGAGGGUUGGAGAGAAAUCAUACGACCGGGUGCAACUCGGUUUGCUACUACUUUCAUUGCAUUAAGAAGUCUACAUGAGCAUAAACAUGACUUGCAAGCUAUGGUGACUGAUAGGUUUUUUGUGGACUCUCGAUAUGCCAGAAGUAGUAAAGGCAAGAAUGUUGUUCCCAUAAUUCUAGAUAAUGAAUUUUGGGAUAACAUGGGUUACGUUUCCAAAAUUGUGGCUCCUUUGAUGCGUUUGUUGCGAAUUGUGGACUUAGAUGAGAGACCUGCAAUAGGAUACGUGUAUGAUGGCAUGUACAGAGCCAAAAAAGCAAUCAAGAAGUUCUUUAGAAAGAGAAAGACAAUGUACAAGCCUUAUACCGAAAUUAUUAAGUAGCGAUAGGAUUUGCUUUUGCGUCGCGACAUUCACGCUGCUGCUUAUUAUUUGAAUCCGGCUUUUCAGUAUGACCGUGCAAGUUUCUACAGGAAACCAGAGGUUAUGCAUGGUUUCCUUGAUGUUGUCGAUAAUAAAGCAAGUGCAUUCAAGUUGAACAAGACAAGGGUAGUGGAAGAAAGUAGAAAAUAUCGAGAUCGCGAGGAAAGCUUUUCUCGUGAGCUUGCCUUUCAAACUUGCAGAACCACACGACCUGAUGAAUGGUGGAGGACAUAUGGGUAUAGACAGUACUCCACAGUUGCAAGAGUUUGCAAUUAAGAUUCUGAGCCAAACUUCAACCUCUUCGAGAUGUGAGCGAAAUUGGAGUGUUUUCGAACGUAUCCAUACAAAAAGAAGGAAUAGAUUGGAUCAUCAAAGGUUGAAUGAUUUGGUUUUUAUCAAUUAUAACUUGCGUUUGAAAAGUAGGUAUAAAGCAUUGGCAAUUUUAAUAUUUUUAUUAUCUCGUAUUUUUAGUGAUAUUUUUAUUUGGCGUGUCUUUCAGGAUGUGUUACAAGAAAAACAGUUGUGAUCCUAUCGAUUAUGAAAACAUUGACAUAAUAGAAUUUUGGAUUGCUGAUGAUGAACAGGAGGGUGAUGACUUCAAUUUAGAUGAAUUGGAGCAAACACUUUACGAAGAAGGAUCUAUUCCUAUCAGUGUUGAUGGCCAACCCUAUUAUGAUUCAGCAGGUGGUUCACAAGUUGAUGGUGAUGAUAAUGAUGAUGACUCGGAUAAUGAUGUGGAUAAUCAAUUUAUGAUGGGUUAACCUGUUGAAGAAUCUGUUUGGUUUCUCCUUUUUCCAUUCACUUACCGUGAGCUGCUAUUGAAUUUGUUUGUGGUUGGGUUGGUGGAAUGGAUCGAUAUUGUGUAAUUUUAUAUGUUGGUUGGUGGAUUGGUAGGUAUUUUGAUAUUUUGUAAUUUUGAUGAUUGGCCG